GAGGAGGCGCGGCCGCCACGGGACGCCUAGCUGGGCCCGCACCGGAGAGGCGUCUCGGUACCUGGCGGCCGGCCUGCUACUGGGAGCCCGCUGCGGGGCGGCGGCAGCGGGGGCAUGCGCGUGUGAGAUGCGGCCGCGGGUGGCGCGGAAGCGAGCAGCUGCGGCGGCGGCGGGCGCGGCCUCCUGGGCGCGGGGCGCGCGGUGCCUGAAGGCGGGCGCGCGGGCGCUAGGUAGCCGCCGACCGCGCCGCCUGCGCAGGCGCUUGUUCAGGACUCACUCGCCGCACUGAGGCCCGCUGGCCGGUCAUGGAGGCGCCCACCGUGGAGACGCCCCCAGACCCGUCGUCCCCUUCGGCCUCGGCCUCGGCCCCGGCCCCAGCCCCGGCCCCGGUCCCGGUCCCGGUUCCGCUGCGCGCCCCGGACGUGGCGCGGCUGCGCGAGGAGCAGGAAAAGGUGGUCACUAACUGCCAAGAGAGAAUCCAGCAUUGGAAGAAAGUAGAUAAUGACUAUAAUGCCCUUCGAGAAAGACUCAGCACCUUGCCUGAUAAAUUGUCUUAUAAUAUAAUGGUACCAUUUGGCCCUUUUGCCUUCAUGCCAGGAAAACUUGUCCAUACUAAUGAAGUCACUGUUUUACUGGGGGACAACUGGUUUGCAAAGUGCUCAGCAAAGCAGGCUGUAGGUUUAGUUGAGCACCGGAAAGAACAUGUAAGAAAAACAAUAGAUGACUUAAAAAAAGUGAUGAAAAAUUUUGAAUCCAGAGUUGAAUUCACAGAAGAUUUGCAGAAAAUGAGUGAUGCUGCAGGUGAUAUUGUUGACAUAAGAGAAGAAAUUAAAUGUGACUUUGAAUUUAAAGCAAAACACCGAAUUGCUCAUAAACCGCAUUCCAAACCAAAAACUUCAGAUAUUUUUGAAGCAGAUAUUGCAAAUGAUGUGAAAUCCAAGGAUUUGCUUGCUGAUAAAGAACUGUGGGCUCGACUUGAAGAACUAGAGAGACAAGAAGAAUUGCUGGGUGAACUUGAUAGUAAGCCUGAUAUUGUGAUUGCAAAUGGAGAAGAUACGACAUCUUCUGAAGAGGAAAAGGAAGAUCAUAACACAAAUGUGAAUGCAAUGUAUCAAGUAACAGACUGUCAUACUCUGGACAGUUGUCAUAAGGAUGUUGCAAGUUCAGAACCAUUCAGUGUUCAAAUGAGUAGUCAGUUGAACUGUUCAGUAAAUGGUUCCAGUUCUUACCACAGUGAUGGUGAUGAUGAUGAUGACGAUGAGGACGACGACAACAUUGAUGACCAUGAUGGUGAUAAUGACCAUGAGGCUUUAGGGGUUGGAGAUAAUUCUAUACCAACAAUAUAUUUUUCUCAUACUGUUGAGCCUAAGAGGGUCCGAAUAAAUACUGGGAAGAAUACCACUUUAAAAUUCAGUGAAAAGAAAGAAGAAGCCAAACGUAAACGAAAGAACAGCACUGGCAGUGGCCACUCUGCCCAGGAGCUGCCGACCAUCAGGACACCUGCUGACAUUUAUAGAGCCUUUGUUGAUGUUGUGAAUGGAGAAUAUGUCCCUCGCAAAUCCAUCCUGAAGUCUCGAAGUAGAGAGAAUAGUGUGUGUAGUGACACCAGUGAAAGCAGUGCUGCUGAAUUUGACGAUAGGCGGGGAGUUUUGAGGAGUAUCAGCUGCGAAGAAGCCACUUGCAGUGACACCAGUGAGAGCAUUUUGGAAGAGGAACCACAAGAAAGUCAUCAAAAGAAACUUUUGCCCUUAUCAGUAACACCUGAGGCUUUUUCUGGAACUGUUAUAGAAAAAGAAUUUGUAUCGCCUUCCUUAACACCACACCCAGCCAUUGCUCAUCCUGCACUACCCACUAUUCCAGAACGAAAGGAAGUUCUGUUGGAAGCAUCAGAAGAAACUGGAAAGAGGGUUUCAAAGUUUAAAGCUGCCAGAUUGCAACAGAAAAACUAGGCCCUGUCUAGGAAAUGAGAAUUUACAUCCUAAAACCUAGUUGUUUAUUUGUUUAGAAUAUCUAUAGCAAAAUAGGUUACAUGUAGUUUGAAAUAAGGUAUCCUGAGUUACUUUGGCAACAAGUUCUUUUACCCUUGGUAUUUGAAAAAAUCAAAGUAACUGUCUGAAUACUUUAAUAUUCGGCUUGUUUUGUUAAUUCUCUGAAUACUGUCAACAUUCUUGUCUAAGUUUGCCUUUAUGAUGCAGUGGCAGCAUUUUGAAUUACUUUUCAAAGAAUACUGUUCAUAUGCAUUGUUUUUGUGUUUCAAACUAAAUACAGGCAGUUUUGUGCCAGCUGUGAUAUUGUGCAUACCAUAUGGACCAUUUUAAAGAAAAUUUUAAAAUUUCAAAUAGAUUCAACAAUUAUAUUACUUGCUUUCACAUUUUAAAGGCACUUUAAAAAAAUCUACUUCUCUUGUAGGUUUUGCAGCUAGUUGGCUAUUCAAGAAACCUCGCCCCUCUGAAUGUCAUACUGUAAUCUUUAAGGAAGAAAGCUACAUGAAUUAAUUGUACUCUAUGGGAAAAUUUCUUUGGAAAGAUAUUUUGUAAAACUUUUUUUUUCCAGUAAAAACUUUAUGAAACUUGGUCUCAAAAAUGUUGUGAACUUUAUGAUUCAAAAUUGAGUACAGAUAGGUCCUUGAUUCAUGUAUGUGCUACAUGUAUCACACAACAGAUCUGGAAUUCUUUCAGUUCCUCAGACACUUCUCCCUUAGUUUUUGCAGUUUCACUGGGAUUAUGUUUUGGGAGACAAGGAAAGGUCUAGAUGUUUAAACGUUUUAAAUAAAAAUUGCUUUCAAUUUCA